UCCACCGAGAGGCCUUGCCGUUGCCCGGAUGGCUGCCUGUGGUCAGCGCGUGGUGCCCCCACAGCCCAGCGAAGGUCCCACCUUUCCGUCCCUGCUGGGCCCUCCCAGAGGGUGGAAGCCCUUUCUCCUGUUGUGAGAGUUGCAGGCCUGGAUGGAAGGAGGGUCUCUGCCUCCUACGCCAGCCCUGGCCCCAGGCCCCCCAACUUUGAAUUUUCCUCUCAAGCUGGAUAAAGACUGGAAGGGGGGUCCCAGCAGGCACCUGCACCAAAGGCCACUUGAGGUCAUCAUGGGGCUUGGGUGGCUGUGGAAGUGGCAGUGUGAGGCCUUUCAGAGCAGUUUCUUCAGACCUUUCUAGACCUAUACCUCUCUCCAGGCCCAGGAUCUGGGCACCUCCUGGGCAAUGGGCAGUGACUAUACUGACCUCUGACCUCAACCUUACUGAUAGCUUCUGUAAUUCCCUUCCCAUCCUCUCUGGUCUCAGUUAGUUAGAAACUGCCAGGAGAGGGGUCACGUGUUCACAUAGCCCCUGCCCACCCUCUUCCGCAGCCUUGGGUGUCCCUGUUAGAGGACCCAGUAGGACUGAGCUCAGAGUCCCUCCAGGUCUCAUGCCCAUGCAGGCCCAGCUUACGUGGCGAGGUGUUCCCUGUGGCUGGUAGCCAGUGGUCUCUGGGGUGGUGCCGGUGGCCCUGUAGAUGGGGACAGAGAGGUUCCGGAGGGUGGAGGUGAGGACAGCCAGGUGGAGGAUGGCCGAGAAGCCCAGCCUGCAUGUGGCCUCCCUCGGGGUGGAGGGUCCCCAGCAGGAACAAACAGAGAGGGGGUCACAUAGGAAGGAUCCACUAGGACAGGGACCUCCUUCCUUGGUCCUGCCUCUGGAAAGGGACACACGCAGUUGGGGAGGGGUUAGGGGCCCUCUGUGCCCGCAUUGGCCAUCUUCCAUCUGUGUCCUGGGAGAAAGAUCCAGGGGCACCUGCCUGGGUAGGGUGGCAUUGCCUUGAGUCUGGGUGGGGCUGUGAAGGAAGGUGUCCCAGGGUGCCCGGCCAACAGCCUGUGUGCCAACAGCCAUGUGGUGUCAUAAUUGGCCCCAGGAGCAAUGCUGUUAAUCUCCUGCCUGAGCACUCUACCUCUCCUGGGCCACCCAGCCCCGUGCUGGGCGUGAGAUGCAUGGCUCUCGGCACCUCUGCACUGUGUCUAGGACGCAUGGAGCCCAUUGGACCUGAUGAGUGUCUCAGGACAGGGUUAGAUCCUUCCAAGCUGAUGGGGUCUCCUGGGGAGAGCUCAGCUGGGCAGUCACUCCCCUAAACUAGAAGCCUCCCAUCACCUGCUUUCCCUGUGACCAAGAGCACAGGCAGGCUGGCUCCCUUUUCUGCAGCCAAUGAGCAGGUCUGUCUGGGGGGUGGGGUGCAAGGACAGCCAUUUCAAGUCCCAAGAGCCGGCCCUGAUGGACCUCACAGGUCUGUCCACUUGCUCUGCAGCAAUGACUGAUCCUUUCUGUGUUGGAAGCGGCCGCCGACUCCUGGGGUCCAGCAAGAGUGGGCCUGGGAAGGAGGGCAGCCAGAAUGAGGUCCGACUUCCUGUGCGGCAUGAUCCAAAGCUGGGGUUGCCGGUGGCCCGGGGUGGGCAGACAGUGCCUAGCCAGGCCCCACUCUGCUUUGACCCGGGAAGUCCAGCCAGCGACAGGACAGAAGGGAAGAAAAAGGGGCGUCCGAAAGCUGAGAACCAGGCCCUCCGAGACAUUCCCCUCUCUCUGAUGACCCAGUGGAAAGACGAAUUCAAGGUGCACUCACGGGUGAAGUGUCCCAGCUCAGGGUGCUGGCUGGAGUUCCCCAGCAUCUACGGGCUCAAGUACCAUUACCAGCGGUGCCAAGGGGGUGCCAUCUCAGAAAGGCUGACCUUUCCCUGCCCCUUCUGUGAGGCCGCCUUCACCUCCAAGACCCAGCUGGAGAAGCACCGGAUUUGGAACCACAUGGACCGACCCCUGUCUGCCCCCAAGCCUGGGCCAGUCAGCCGGCCAGUCACCAUUAGUCGGCCCGUUGGGGUCAGCAAGCCCAUUGGAGUGAGCAAACCUGUCACUAUUGGCAAGCCUGUGGGUGUCAGCAAACCCAUCGGUAUCAGCAAGCCAGUGCCGGUCAGCAGGCCUGUGCCGGUCACCAAGCCAGUGCCGGUCAGCAGGCCUGUGCCGGUCACCAAACCAGUGACGGUCAGCAGGCCUGUGCCGGUCACCAAGGCUGUGCCGGUCAGCAGGUCCGUGCCAAUCACCAAGGCUGUGCCGGUCAGCAGGCCUGUGCCGGUCACCAAGGCUGUGCCGGUCAGCAGGCCUGUGCCAGUCACCAAGCCCAUACCAGUCACCAAGUCUGUGCCCGUCACCAAGGCAGUGCCAGUCACCAAACCAGUGACCACAAACAAGCCAGUGCCGAUGACAAAACUUGUGACAGUUACGAAACCUGUGCCCGUCAGUAGGCCCGUGGUGGUCAGUAAGCUGGUGGCCGUCAGCAGGCCCGUGGCCAUCGGCAGACACACACCGUCCUGCAAGAUGGUGCUGCUGGCCAAGUCUGAGAACAAAACUCCGCGGGCCACGGGGAGGGCCAGUGGGAAAAAAAGGGCUGCGGACAGCCGGGACGCCUGCCCCCUCCCACCCAAGCAGGCUCGGUCAGAGAGCGGGGAGUGUGGCCCACCCACCACGGGCCCAGGCUCCACCCUCCAGCCCAGCACAGACCCCAGCAGUGGCCCCCUUUCUCUAGGCAGCAGGCCCUUGGGGGGCAAGGAGGUGCCAAGGGCCACAGGCCCUGUGUCCCUGCCUGAAGAGGGAGCUGAGCGCAUGAAGCACAGAAGGAAACAGAAAACACCCAAGAAAUUCACGGGGGAGCAGCCAUCAAUCUCGGGAACCUUCGGACUCAAAGGCCUGGCCAAGGCAGAAGACAAGUCCCGAGGCUACCGUGCCAAGAAGCAGGAGGGGCCUGGCCCUGAGGAUGUCCGAAAGAAGGUGCCGGCCCCCACCAACACUGUCAGCAAGGAGGCACCGGCCCCCGUGGCCCACUCAACCCCAGGUGCCCCUGAGGAACAGUGGCAGCGGGCCAUUCACGAACGGGGGGAGGCUGUCUGCCCCACGUGCAGCGUGGUCACCCGAAAGACCCUUGUGGGGCUCAAGAAGCACAUGGAGGUGUGUCAGAAGCUGCAGGAUGCCCUCAAGUGCCAGCACUGCCGGAAGCAGUUCAAGUCCAAGGCCGGUCUCAACUACCACACCAUGGCUGAGCACAGCGCCAAGCCCUCUGACACGGAGGCCUCCGAGGGGAGUGAGCAGGAGGAGCGCGAACGACUGCGCAAGGUGCUGAAGCAGAUGGGGAGGCUGCGUUGCCCCCAGGAGGGCUGUGGGGCCGCCUUUUCCAGCCUCAUGGGCUACCAGUACCACCAGCAACGCUGUGGGAAGCCGCCCUGCGAGGCAGACAGUCCCUCCUUCCCCUGUACCCACUGCGGCAAGACCUACCGCUCCAAGGCUGGCCAUGACUAUCACAUGCGCUCGGAGCACACAGCCCCGCCCCCGGAGGAGCCCCAGGACAAGCCCUCUGAGGCCGAGGACCUGUUGGGUAUCGAGCGGACCCCCAGCGGCCGCAUCCGCCGCACGUCGGCCCAGGUUGCCGUGUUCCACCUGCAGGAGAUUGCAGAGGACGAACUGGCCCGAGAUUGGACCAAGAGGCGGAUGAAAGAUGACCUGGUGCCUGAGACGGCUCGGCUCAACUACACUCGGCCAGGCCUCCCCACACUCAACCCCCAGCUGCUGGAGACCUGGAAGAACGAAGUCAAGGAGAAAGGUCACGUCAACUGUCCCAAUGACUGCUGUGAAGCCAUCUACUCCAGUGUGUCCGGCCUCAAGGCCCACCUCGCCGGCUGCAGCAAGGGAGACCACCUGGUGGGAAAGUACCGCUGCCUGCUGUGUCCGAAGGAGUUCAGCUCUGAGAGUGGCGUCAAGUACCACAUCCUCAAGGCCCACGCAGAGAACUGGUUCCGCACUUCGGCAGGCUCGCCUCCCAAACACAGGAGCCAGGGGUCACUGGUGCCCAAGAAGGACAAGAGUCUGGCAGGCGGGAAGAAGCGGGGCCGCAGGCCCAAGGAGCGGCUCCCGGAGGAGCCUGCGCCCAAGACGGCCCCCCGCCAGGAGGACUGGCCCCCAGGAGGCAGAGACAAGGGGGCCCAGGACUCCACUGGCCGGAAGGUUGCUGCAGGCACACCUGGGCUGGGGCUCCCCGAGAAGAGCCAGUGGCAGUCACAGAAGUGCCAUCGCCUGGAGGGACACUCACAGGCCUGGCAGAGCCUGGAGGGGUAGAGGGCGGGUCUGCAGCCUGGGCCUCCGCGCCAUGGGGGUGCUGCAGAGUGGCCAGAUGCCUUUUGGCCCCGGCCAUGAGCGCUGCAUGCCCCACCUGCUUCCUCAGGCCCAAGGCUCGGGGGUCCCUGCUUCUGGGCUGAUGAAGGUACCUCAGCAGCCUCGCCUCUCUCCCCAACACUGGAACCCCAGCACCCCCAGCUACCUCCCUGGACAGACCCUGAGUCUGAUCGCUGCCGUGCUGACCUGGUGGUCCGUCCCCUUCACCCUUCCCGCCUCUGGUUCCUCAGCUUCUGUUCUCUACCUCUCCAGGCCCACCCUCCCUGCCGGUGUGACCCCUGCUGUGCUUGGGCCCCGACCCACUGGCUUGUGUCCAUGCUGGUGGGGAGAAGGUGGCCCCGCCAACGGGCUCUCUGCCACCCCCAGCGGUACUCCCUGCUUGGGGCAAGGGAGGGCCUCUGGUUUUCUGCUUGCAGGGCAGCAGGAGCUGGGGCCACGAGGAGCACGCUCUAGCUUGGCCGUCACUGUGGGCCUGGCUGGGAUGCCUGAUCGGUCAGGGAUAGCCCAGUCUGGGCCUGGGGCCGUGGGCAUGUCGGGCCGGGAACUGAGCCCAGCUCUGCGGAGUGAGCACUGCAGGAAGCAGCCUGUCUGCUGGUCUGGCCUGGCCUGUGGCCAGGCUCCUGAGGGAACACCCACCCUUUGCUUUUACCUGCCCCUUUGUUUCUGGUUGCGUGGUCUUUUGAUGUGAGAGCUGAAGGCCAGGGAGGGGCUCGCUGAGGUCACAGUAGGUUGAUGGGAGCUCGGGGCUGCCUUGGCUCCCUUUGGGGCCUUGAGGACAGCUAGGCCUGCAGGUUGGGCAGGGUUCAGGCUGGAGUCCAGGGCACCUGGAGGAGUGGGUCCACACCUCUGGCCUCCUCCCUGGGCCCCGCCUUCCAGCUGUGGCGUUGCCUGGGGAGGAGGACACUGAGUCACUGGGUUUGGAUGGAGGCUAUUUUCCAUAGGGGGUGGGGUGGGCUGAGGGCUCGGCCUUGCCGAUCCUGGACGAUGUGAAUUUUGAUACUUUCCUGUGUGCUUGUUUCCCCUGGGUGUGUAGUGGAUGCCAGUCUUGUGGCUGUGACAAGUAACAACCUUUUUUUUAUUCUGUUUUUUAUACAAAAACUUACAACAAUCUGACAUUUUGGUGCUAAGGGUCUCCUGGUGCCAAUGGUGGAUCUGGGGACUGGGCUAGGGUCCCAGGGGUCCCUCCUCUGCUCAGGGAGGCAGUACUGACUGGGCACCCUUCUGCCUCAAGCUGCCAUCCUUACCCAGCCCUGGAGAGGAGGGGCUCCAAGCUGGUCUGGGCUCUCCUCACCCUGCAGUAGGGGGACAAAUUCCCAGGGGCUGGGGGCCAGGUCACUGUGCUGCCGGUCUCUGGCUUCUUUGUCCAGAGCUCUGACCCUGGGCAGCCUGGCCUGGUGGUGUAGGGAGGGGGUGUAGAGAUGUGGAUUCUUCCUGCCCGCACACAUGGCACAUGGGAGUGACCCAGUGUCAGUCAAGGUGGGCACAGGGGCUGGGCUCUGGGUGUCACUGUGGUGUGGAGCCGGUGGAGGUGGGUCAGGCAGCCACUGCAAGGGCAGCCUCAGGAGGGGAGGGGAAGCAGGCGCUGACAGGAGCCCCAGGUACACUUUCUCUGCCCUUGUCACCAAUGGCUGGAGGAGGUUGGGCCUCAGCACCUCUACUGGGGACAGCCGUCUGCCCCAGCCUCUCAGGUACUUGGCCCUUGGGGUGUGAGGGGCUGGUUUUUGCUGGGGGUGUUUCCAGGUCACCCUCCAAAGUCCACAGAUGGCCCCUGGAGUGGGACCCCCACCCAGAUGUGUGGGAAGAGGUGGGGUCUUGGAUAACUUGAUGUUUAGCACUUUAACCUCUUUUUUGUCUCUAAAGGGUGUGGGGGCUGCUGCCAAAGCGGCGAGUGGGUUGGACCCGGCUCCCUACACCCCAGUUCUGGUGGUUGAGUGCAGGGCAGAGCCUGGGGGCUCAGCAGGAUCUGCCCACCUCCACUCUGGCAGGAACGCGGCCAGGUGACCUGGCCUUGGCUGACGCCUUCAGCGAGAGGGUCCAGAGUGGCAGACGCCAGGGUGCAGUAGGCACAGACUAUGCCCGAGACCCAGCCCAGGGCACAGUGCCGGGUCCCUUUCUGAACAUCUACCUCUGGCCCUGCCCCCCCCCCUUUGCCCUGAGAACAGGAAAGGGCUGACACUUCACACAAAAAUAGGAUGCACUUUAUUUGCUUGUGCAAAGGCAGAUGGAUGAGGGUGUCUCCUGAUGUGACUGGUGGCCCUCAGCUGUAGCCUGCCCCCUGCCCCCCUGUUCCUCUGGUUCAGAAGGGAAAGGACCCGUUGCACCGACCUGCGGGAGGCAGGGCUGUCCCCGCGGGUCCUCGCUCUGCGGCCUCAGGAGGCUAGUCCUGGAACUGAGGUGCAAGGGGGCCGGCCAGUUCCUCCCGCCUGGCGGACACGCGUCCUUACUUUGGGUUUCUUGGUUUGUUUUUUUAAUGCCAGUUCUCCGUACAUAAGUGCAUUUUGAAAGAGAGGUUCCAACUAUCCCUGUAACCAUAUAUAUACACAUAUAUUCUAUCUACAAAGUGUUUAUUUGCAAGAUGUUUUGACGGCGGCGAGCUCGGGCCCUGCUCACCUCGUGACCGUCUGUCCCGGUCCUCGUCCCCGCCCCCAGGCCCU